AUGGAUGAGGCAAGCUCUGACCCGAAUUGCCCAACGAUCCCGGUGUCCAAAGAGGAAAAAGAACGCCUCAGACGCCCAUGGCGUCGGACUCUCAUAAUCAAAGUUCUUGGACGCAAGAAGCCAGAAUCAAAUUUUGACCUAAUUGCAAUCGACCAAGAUUACUACCUGGCGAGAUUUGAUGCGCUCCAAGACUACGAGUUUGCUAAAUACGAAGGCCCCUGGAUUAUCAUGGGACAUUAUCUAACAGUCCAAGAAUGGGUGUCGAACUUCUUCCCUCACAAAAGUAGAAUGGAUAAGCUGUUGGUCUGGGUAAGGUUCCCAGCGGUUCCGAUCGAGUAUUUCGAAGACGACUUCCUAAUGAAAAUAGGGAAAUACAUAGGGCGACCGAUCAAGGUGGACACCACUACAAGUUUGGUAUCAAUAGGCAGGUUUGCUAGAGUGUGUGUGGAGUUGGAUCUGACAAAAUCACUACUGGCAAAAUUCACAUUAGGUGGCGAGGUUAUUCCAAUAGAGUAUGAGGGGAUUCAAAUGGUGUGCUUCAAGUGUGGCAUCUAUGGCCAUAAGCAAGAUCAAUGUGGAACGGGAAAUCAAGAGGCAGGGAACGAGGCGCACGUCCCAGAUACAGAGCAGGCUUAG